AUGGGCUCAGCAUCGGCCGCCGGGGCGCGUCAGCCUCUCAAAAUCCUCAUGCUGCAUGGCUACACACAGUCGGGCACCCUGUUCCAUGCGAAAAGCCGCGCCCUGAUCAAACACAUCCAAAAGGCUUUCCCGUUACACGACGUCUCCGCCAGCUACCCCACAGCCCCGAUCCACCUCAAGCCCAGCGACAUUCCCGGCUACGAGCCCUCGAAUACGUCCAGCGUCGAGCCCGAGGAUACAAUCGAGGCAUUCGGCUGGUGGCGCCGCUCCAACACCGCAAACCCACCUCUGUACUCCGGCAUGGACGAGGGACUAGCCACAGUUGCUAAGACCCUCACUGAAGAGGGACCUUUUGAUGGCGUGAUCGGGUUCUCGCAGGGCGCUACAAUGGCCGGCAUGGUGGCUGCGCUAUUGGAGCCGGGGCGCAAAGACGCAUUUGCGCAUUUCGAGGCUGAGGGAGAGGGCAUCCCUUACCCUGUGGCCUUUUCUGAGGCAGCGGGAUUCUCGCAUCCGCCGUUGAAGUUUGCGCUGUGCUAUAGUGGGUUCCGGGCGCCUGGGGCGAGAUAUCGUGGGUUCUAUGAGCAUCCGGCUAUUCAGACGCCCGUGCUGCAUGUGCUGGGGUCCUUGGAUGCUGUUGUGGAUGAGGCGAGAAGUCGCACGUUGAUCCAUGCUUGUGUGGGGAAUCCGGAGAAGGAUGGCUCCGUGGUUUGGCAUCCUGGUGGUCACUUUUUGCCCAGCCAGCGGCCUUAUCUGGAUGCUGCUGUGCAGUUUAUUCGGAAGCAGGAGGAUAAGAGCAAUGUCAAGGGGACGGCGCUCGAAGAAGAGGAUGUUAAUGACAUGGUUGUACCGUUCUGA